GAACGAGAACUCGUUCGCCCUGUACGUUUGACCGCUGCCUGUGUCCUACAGUUAGCCUUAGCGGCUAGCCUGCUAAAUGCUAAUAUUGCCGAGCUAACGUUUUCACGUCAGCUUGGCUGUAGAGAAACAUAUAACUAGUAUUAAUGUUAGACUGACGGAUAUUAUUCUGUGGAGAACUUUAAUAAAGAUGCUGUUUUGCGUUUUAAGGAUGUUCUGUUGAAGAUGUCUUUGAAUGAGGAGGGGUACGUGGUUCGGAUCAGAGGACUUCCCUGGUCCUGCACACAGGAAGAGGUGGCCAGUUUCUUCUCUGAUUGCGACAUUGUGGGGAAAGUAAAUGGGGUAUGUUUCACAUACUCAAAAGAAGGCCGUCCGAGUGGAGAGGCAUUUAUUGAACUGAAAACAGCCGAGGAUUUCAAGAAUGCACUCUCCAAGGACCGGAAAUACAUGGGGCACCGAUAUAUAGAAGUGUUCAAGUCAAACCGUAGUGAGAUGGACUGGGUGCUGAAACGUAGCGGUCCUGCUGACUAUGACAGCUGCAGUGGCUGCAUGCUGAGACUUAGAGGCCUGCCCUUUGGCUGCAGUAAGGAGGAGAUUGUUCAGUUUUUCUCAGGGUUGAGAAUCGUGCCAAAUGGGAUAACUCUGCCAGUGGACUACCAGGGGAGGAGCACAGGGGAAGCCUUCGUGCAGUUUGCCUCAAAGGAGAUAGCAGAAAAGGCUCUGGGGAAACACAAGGAAAGAAUAGGGCACAGGUACAUAGAGAUUUUUAAGAGCAGUCGUAAUGAGAUCAGAGCCUACUAUGAGGUUCCCCGACGGGGAAUGGGAGCCCAGAGACCAGGGCCCUAUGAUAGACCAAUGAUGGGGGGCCCCAGGGGAGGAUUUUUUAGUCCUUCCCCUGGCCGUGGUGCAACAAUGAUGGAAAGCAUGAGGAGUGGAGGUGGUUAUGGAGGAGGUUACAGUGGCUUUGACACCUACAAUGGCUUCAGCAACUACUGUUUUGGCAAUGGCAUGUUUGAUGAGCGAGUGAGAGGAGAGAGGGGAGGAAGAGGGGUUGGAAGCCAUGGUUACAGUGGUCAGAGUGAAAGUGGCUCGGGCUUCCACAGUGGCCAUUUCGUCCAUAUGAGGGGUCUGCCUUUCCGUGCGACAGAGGGAGACAUCGCUAAAUUUUUCUCUCCUUUGAACCCGCUGAGGAUCCACAUCGAUAUGGCUCCUAACGGCAAGUCGACCGGAGAGGCGGACGUGGAGUUUCGCUCCCAUGAAGACGCUGUGGCCGCCAUGUCCAAAGACAAAAACCACAUGCAGCAUCGCUACAUCGAGCUGUUUCUCAACUCAACAGCCAGUGGCGCUGCUGAAAUGAGCCGUGGCAGCAGUGGUUACUAUGGUAACUCAGGAGGAGGCGGCUCGCGGAGCAGUGGGCUGCGAGGUGCAUACUGAUGAUGUCAUCCCACAGUCCCAAUCCAUCCUGGCGUUCCUGUCACGUCUCUUCAGGCCACAUUUAAUUAAUGAGCGUUUCUAAGCGGGAAAGUUGACGCGAAGUUCCUCAUUUUCUUUUUUUUAGGGCAGAUUGAAAAAAGUAAGACCCUAACAAGCCUUAACAAGUGACCCUAACAAGCACGAUUUCACAACACAGCUCGUCUGAGUUUAAAUGCCAGAACUGACGUAGGUGCUGAACAUGGUCGGUCAUGUUGAAGAUCCCGUGUUUUUUGAAACUGAAGAUUGCAGUUUCUAAAUUCAUACAAAUACAGAACAACAGUUGCAAAGAUGCAUUCUGUUUUUCAAAUUUUUUUUUUUUGGAAUGGCAUUGAGAGCAUUAUAUCUGAAUGUCAGUUUUCAGGUGCACUUUCAUUUUGUUUCAGUGCAGCAAGAAGAACUUAACCUCACAGCGCAACAGCUGUGGCAUUCAAUACGUAACGGGAAAAAGAAUUACCUGGCAACAUCGCUUUGAUUUGAUUGACUCAUUGCAAGUCUGCAUAUGUUGAAGUCUUAAAUAUCUUGAUUUAAAAAUGUGAUCAGAAUACAAUUGUGAUACACUGAUUCAAACUGGAUUUCAGAUCAGCUUUCCUGGUUCAGAAUGUUUUCUAAAUGUGAGCCCGUGUGUUUUUUUUUAUGAAUGUUUUCACAGUUCAUUACAGAAUUU